AUGGAGCGCUCCUCCGCGCGCUCGUCGGUCAACAGCAAGCCGACCUACUCCCACUCGGCCAAAGAGAGCAGUCGUCGCAACAUGUCCCACUCCCAGCGACCCGUCAGCGUCUCCGAGCACGAUGCCUACAUCUUUGCGCUCAAGGCCGCCUACCUUUCAUACCUCUUGCAGCCCCGCCAGAAGCGGGUCCAACAUGUCGCCAACACCUCCAAGCCCAUCCAGCGCUCGUCGACGUCAAUCAACGAUAUGGUCAAGGACUUCUCUCUCAUAAGGGACAGCAAGAGCACUCGCUUCCCUCAUGGUUUCAUGACUGCGCUAGAUAAGCGUCUGACGGGAGUGCUGGUGGGCCAGGAGAAGAUGCCCGAGUACAACGAUGCGACGAUCAAGCGGACGUGUGGCGCUUUCCUAAACGAGUUCAAGAAUCCGACUUUCAGAAAGAGCAUGGAGAAGGAUCGGAGGGUGGAGGAUCUGCUACUGAUCUUCUUCUCCAAAGCAACAAGUGAACUUCAAAAAGGAAAACCUGCGGACGACGAUAGCUGGAAAUUGAUGGUGGAUCGCCACGUCGCACUGUUCGUAAGAUUGAUCAGUACGACUUUGUCUCACAAUGAUUGGACGAGAGAUCGUCCGGAAUUGACGAGUAGGCUGAAGACACUGGAGACGAAGCUGCUACAGCACGACCAGGAUCUCGCGGAUGCCAGCCAAAGGAACGGUGGUCAAGGAGGCACCAGCGUGGAAGUGGAGGUACCAAGAUCCUACGAAGUUAGGGAUAUGCCACUGGUCAUUCGCGUUUGCAGGAUAUUCUCGAAGCCCACUGUGCAGGCGCAGAACGACAUCAACGCCCAUAAAGACGAAUGGACUGAGAAGGAAGCGUUGAAGGACUUGAAGGAAUACCAGAGCCACAUGAUGCUGAAUACUCGCAUCACUCCUGCAAAGAACGACUUCGACUUGGACGACGCAUACGAGAUGUGGCGGAAGAACGAGUACAGCGACCUAAGCCAGAUGAUGCUUGCUCUCGUACAAUCUGAUCCUACUCUGGCCAAGACUACGUCUAGUGGGAGUCUGCCGUCCUUCAAGCCUCCGAUGGCGGUACAGAUGGACAGCGGGUAUAGCGAUUUGAGCAAAUCCACAUCAAGUCAAAGUGGCGAUCGAGACUCUAGUUACGUGAUCGAUCUGCCGGUUGACAUGAGUGGACUGAACCUCGGAGAUUCGUCCCCAAUAGAUUCUGGAAAAGGAUCGAUCGACGCUAGCCACGCAAAUUUCAUGUUCAUACCUCCAGAUGCCCGCGCAUACUACAGGCAUGUUCUGAAGACAGCUCUCACGGCAGAUUUACAGGACGACGAUGUCCAGCCUUCUGCAGCUACUGACGAGGCACCUGCGAUGAGAUUACUCUCCGAGCAGUCGACCGAGCUACUUAACGAAAUUGCACACAGGUGGCGUGUACCACAAUUCUCCCGGCUCGUCUUGUUCUUGGACGUAGUUCGCGAGAAGUUGGAAAACCGGGAGAUCACUCUAGAUACUCUCGACAGCGCCUUCGGAUACGUUAAAGCACCGCCUUCCGAGCCGAAGAAGAGCUUGGGGAAAACGCACAAACUGCCUGUGCAGGUCAGCUUAUUCGAUCGCGAGAAGUGGACAGUCGCAGACCACGUUCUCCUGCAGAGUGCUCUUAGCAGUAUUCAUGACGCACUGCUCCGAGACCUGUUUGAUACGUUCCAGCAUGGAUACGAAAACAAGCCGCCGAGCUUAGGUCCUGUGCUGACUGUUUUGGACGAACACAUUUACAGCGACCCGUCUUUCAGCCGCAAUCAAGAGGAAAUGGACGCUUUCGCUCAGAUGAUGACUGAGCAAUUGAAGGAAAAGGCGCGAGGUAAAUACCAUGACAUGCUGGCCAAGAGCGUUCCCGACAAUUCCACCGAAUGGGAGUUCUUCAAUGUGAUCAAGCUGGGGCAGACCGUGACUGCGACAUGCCAGAAGAUUCAGAAGCGCUACAAGGGCGCACUAAGAGAGGUAAUGGGUGUAAAGCCAUUGGCUAUCUUCGUCCAAGAAGUUUUGCCAGCGUUUGCAGGCGAUGCCAAGGAGUUGGUUGUCAGAAUUAAGGAGCUCGCCACGGAAAAGGGAGAAGACGUGCCUGUGCAAGACGGCUUUGAACUUUACAAGGAGCUGGUCGAGAUUCGCGGUGUGUACGCCCAAGCGCUUCCUGGACGACAAUUUGAGUUCCACAUUGAAGGUAUUCUGCAAGACUUCGUGUGGAGGUGGAUAGAAAUGACGGACAGCAAGCUCCUGGAUUGGAUCGAAGGGGCUGUCACGCAUGACGACUUCAAAGUGCGGCAAGACGCCGCAGCGAAAGAGCGUGGCGAUCCGCCGAGUGACGAUGAACGACACUCGCAAAGUGCGAUUGACAUCUACCGUAUCUUCAACCAGAGCAUUGACCAAAUUAUCAAACUGGAAUGGGACGAUGAUCUGCAGUACGCCAAAUUCAUGACCGCCGUCAGCAAAUCCAUCGGCAAAGGAGUCGCUCGAUAUUGCGAGCUUCUCGAAACGAAAUUCGCGCGCGAGAUGAACCGCCAGACGCCAGAGCAAGAAGCUCGCGCUCAGCAAAAGCAGCACGAGAAGUGGCUCGCUGUUGCACGAGAUGUGUGGACCACCGGGGGGAUCGGUCAGAAGAUUGAGCCAUUCCAGUUCUGGCCGGAGAGCUUCGUCAAAAUCAACAACAUUGAAUAUGCCACCUUGCAAUUAGAUAAGGUCGAGCAGGAGAUGAACGUCGAUGCUUGCGUGGCUGCGAUCCAAAAGUACGAGCCUCCUCCGCCAUCGAACAUGCGCAAGCGAGGUGAGAACAAGUUCAUGUUCACAAUCAAGAUCAUCGAAGCCGAAGAUCUGAAGGCCGGCGACAUGAACGGACUUAGUGAUCCUUAUGUCGUGCUUGGAGACGAGUAUCAGAAGCGACUUGCCAAGACAAGGACCGUAUAUCAGUCGCUGAAUCCGAGAUGGGACGAGACAAUCGAUAUCUUGACCACUGGCCCGCUCAAUGUCAUUGCGACAGUCUGGGACUGGGAUCACAUUGGCGAUCACGACUGUCUGGGCCGCACAAGCCUCAAACUCGAUCCAAACCAUUUCAAUGACUAUCUACCCAGGGAGUACUGGCUGGAUUUGGAUACUCAAGGACGCGUACUUGUCAGAGUUACGAUGGAGGGCGAGAGAGAUGACAUUCAGUUCUAUUUUGGCAAGGCUUUCCGGACAUUAAAGCGUGCCGAACGCGACAUGACACGAAGGAUCACGGACAAGCUAUCUGCCUACAUUAAUCAAUGUCUCUCGCGCCGCACACUCCGUGCCAUCACCGCGGGCCCUACAUCCGGUAUUGCUGGCGUCACGAUGAGCAAGAUGACCGGCUACUUCUCGAAGGUAUCGGGACAAGUGUCUGGCCGUCCGAAUUCCGUGGCCACGCCUUCUGUGCAAAGCAGCGCUGGACUCGCCGAGACGGCGAACAAUGCGCUCAAGCCUCUGUUGCAGUACUUCGACGAUAACUUUGCCAUCAUGAAGCAGACGCUGACUGAUAGCGCGAUGAUUAUGGUCAUGACCAGGUUGUGGAAGGAGGUAUUGGUGACUAUCGAGGGUCUUCUUGUCCCUCCACUGAGCGACAAGCUGUCAGCUCAGAAGCCUCUCAGGUCUCAAGAGGUAGAUGUGGUCUACAAAUGGCUGCAGAUUCUAUUCGACUUCUUCCACGCCUUUGACCACGAGCGCGGCGAAGCCGAUGGUGUGCCGAUGGACGUGCUCAAGAGUCCGAAAUACCACGACCUCCAAAACCUCAACUUCUUCUACUUCGAGUCAACGGACAACCUCGUCCGUACGAGCGAAGCAAUGGCAUCUGCCACCCUGGCACGCCAACAAGAACAGACCAACCGCCUCAACCGUCUAUCCGCGCCUGCUGGCUUCCAGAGUCCUUCGCUAGGCGGCACGCGGCGAUCGAAGUCCAUCAUGAAUUCGCGCAACCUCGGCACAAUGAAGAAAGCGAAAGAAGAAAAGCGCAAAGAAGCGCAAGCCGACCCCAACGAUGAUAUGAUCCUGCGCAUUCUGCGCAUGCGACCCGAGGCAGAGCGAUAUCUGAAAGACCGAAGCAGACAAAAGGAACGUCUGGCUGCUGCGGCUGCUGCCGAGGCCAUCGUGAGGCAGAGCCUCCAGUCCCGGCAGCACGGUCAUAGUCAGAGCGUAGGAGGUGCGUCGAGGGGUGCUGGCGGACAAGGACUUUCAAGAGGUGGGGUCGGAAGGCAUAAUUGGGGCACGAUUAGGGAAUAG